GAUACAAAACGAAACCCAACAUGAGUUGCCGCCUACCAUUCACGAGACUACGCUUUAUUCUCUUGUCUCUAUAUAGUAUAUACACAUUCGUUUCCUUCUACAACCAGAGCCUCAAUUGACUGAGAUUUCUCCAUAAGCUCUGCGUCGUAAAAACAUGGAAGCAAAGAAGCGGGUGAAUGUUGUCAGACUGGUCUUAACAUUGGAGAAGCAAGGUCGCCGAAGGUGUUCGAACUACUGCCACCGGAUCGACUUCUACCGUUGAACGUCGCCUUCUGUCGCCAACCUACUGACUUGACGUGAGUACAGAAAGGAAGAGCUUGGCGCCGGAAAGAGAGAACCAUUGUUGAAGAGGCCUCCAUGAGUUUUUACGAGGCUGCCAGAGUGCCGGGACAUCUAGCCAUUCACACCGGCAAAGGAGGAGCUGCUGGACCACCGUCCUUUCGCAGAGUGAAGAAGUUCACGUACACAGUACGUACCCCUGUUUCAUGCCGGAGUGCCGUCGGAGAGUUGCGGGGAAAGGAGGACAAUGUCGCUGCAAAAGUUCGCCAUAGGGGCUGGCCUGGUACGGAGAUUACCGAAUCGCAGUGCUAUCCCAUUAUUACACACGUUCCCGGAGGAGAGGAGCCGAUGAGAGACAAGCCACACCGCGGAAGCGACUCGUCACCUUCCUCUGCCUCUGUUUCACUUUCCCAUCACUCCUGACUUCUUCUUUGGGAAAUUAGUUCAAAUAGGACUAAAACUAUGGCAAAAACCUAAAAUAGGACUUGUUAUGUUUUUAUUCCAAAAUAGGACCAUACGAGUCCUAUUGGAAAUAUACCUUUUUUUGCAUUCCAU